GCUUAAGACAGGUAACGGUAGUCUUGUUGCAAACGCAUAAAGAAAACAAGUAUGCUACGGAUUCGUCGCCCAAUUUACAACAAUCUCUUUAAACCUGAUCACUCACGGCACAUUGUUAAACGAUUGCAAUUUCGGGAAUGGAGUCGUCGCGGUUCUGGCGAGCAUCGUAGUGAUUUCCGCCAGCAGUACUAUUUUACUGCGACCGUGUGUAGAAGGCUAGUACUGUGGAAAGAAAACAAGCCUGUCUUAGCCGUUCUCACCAUUCUCCUUCUCACACAUUGGGGGAUUGGCCUUAAUGCGGCGAUUGGUACAGUUCGUGUGAGUUGGAGUCCCAAUAUUCCUCAAUGCGCAAGUACAAUCCCAAUCGGAUCUCACGGGAUGCCUUCCAUAAUCGCGUUCUACUUCUUCACUGUUUUGUGGGAUUUAAUCAUCUUGAUUUUUACUGCGGUUGGGUUGCAUCGUCAAUACCUCGCGAGGUCAUCGACACUUUGGAAGAUGCUAUAUAAACAGGGAAUUUUGUACGUAGUCGUAGCAUUCGCUGUUAACAUUCCAAUGCUGGUCUUCUCAUGGUUGAAUCUCAAUGGUACUAUGAACAUAUUCUUCGCCGCACCAGGCGGGACUAUCAGUGUCAUGGCAUCUUCUUCCGCACUCGUAUCACUUCUCAAACUCAAGCGUGAAGAAUCAGAAUCAGCACAUCAGCGACCGUUGCACGUCGCAGUGGGACGCGAAGUCUCAACAGUGGACAAGAACGACGUUGAGGCCAACCAGCUCACCAGCCAUAUAGAUCUACCUACUGCAUUCAGUACAGUGCCACAUGUUGCGGAUACUUCAAUGGCCAGUGUCGACCGAAGUUCUUUUGUUAUCCAUACUUCAGCAUGAAUCAAGCCGUUAUGAAUAGUCCGACUCGUAAGGAUGCUCCUCAACUUUUGUUCUCGCGUUUUGUCAAUAUAGUUCAUUGUGUAUUUAUCCGGUGAAUAUUCGGUGGCGAUUAUGAUCGGAUGAUGGGAAAAUUAGACGC